GUAAGAAAAAUUUCAGACGUGACACCUUCCCCUCCUUCACUUCUUCCCUUCAUCUUCUUACAACUUGUUCUCGCUGCCAGCCCAGCAAACGUCCAAGAUGCCUUUCGGAACGCUCUACACCCGCGAGGGCAACGCCCGCUCCACCGCCAUCAAGGCCGUCGCGAAGGCCAACGACCUCGAGCUCAACAUCGUUGAGGCCGAGGUUGGCAACGCUUCCGCCGAGCACCUCACUGCCAACGGCCUUGGCAAGAUCCCCGCCUUUGUUGGCGAGGAUGGUUUCACUCUGUCCGAGUGCAUCGCCAUUGCCGUCUACCUCACCUCCCAGAACGAGAAGACCACCCUCCUCGGCAAGACCAAGCAGGACUAUGCCUCCAUCCUGAAGUGGCUCUCUUACUUCAACACUGAGGUCCUCCCCCGCCUGGGCGACUGGUUCGGCCCCCUUCUGGGCCGUGCCCCCUACAACAAGAGAAACGUCGAGGACGCCUCUAAGGCUACCCUCAAGGCCUUCUCCGUUGUUGAGGAGCACCUCGCCAGCAACACCUACCUGGUUGGUGAGCGUAUCACCCUGGCUGAUCUCUUCGCCGCCGGUAUUGCCCAGCGUGGUUUCCAGUACUUCUUCGACAAGACUUACCGUGAGGCGAACCCCAACGUCACUCGCUGGUUUGACACUGUCCGCAACCAGCCCAUCUUCUCCGCCGUUGCUGAGAAGCUCGAGUUCCUCGAGACCCCCGCUCUCACCAACGUUGCCCCCAAGAAGCCUGAGCAGCCCAAGAAGGAGGCCGCGCCCAAGAAGGAGGCCGCUCCCAAGGCUGCCCCUGCCGAUGAUGGUGAGGAGCCCGCUGCCCCCAAGGCCAAGCACCCCCUUGCUGCCCUCGGCAACGCCUCCCUUCCCCUUGACGAGUGGAAGCGACAGUACUCCAACAUCAAGGACCACAACGAGGCCAUGGCUUGGUUCUGGAAGAACGUCAACUUCGAGGAGUACUCCCUCUGGAAGGUUGACUACAAGUACAACGAUGAGCUCACCCUCACCUUCAUGUCCAACAACCUGAUUGGCGGCUUCAACAACCGUCUUGAGGGCUCCCGCAAGUACAUCUUCGGUUGCGCUGCCGUCUAUGGCGAGAACAACGCCUCCAUCAUCCAGGGUGCCUUCGUCAUCCGUGGCCAGGAGUACGUGCCCGCCUUCGAUGUUGCUCCCGACUACGAGAGCUACACCUUCACCAAGCUGGAUGCCAGCAAGCCCGAGGACCGCCAGUUCGUUGAGGACGCGUGGGGCUGGGAGAAGGGCACCACCGUCGAUGGCAAGGACUGGCCCCUUGCUGACGGCAAGGUCUUCAAGUAAAUGCUUAAUGACUUUGAGUAAGGGUAGGGGAAUGAUGAUAAUGGCUUAUGGUUAGAAACGAUUUGGGAGGCAAAACGGAACGUGAUGGCGGUAUGCCUCGCCUUAUGAAGGCCCAAGAGGGCCCGGCAGCUUGUACGUAAUGCCCGGGAAAUGUCACUUUGACGAAACAAAACGGACAAUAGAUGCAGAAUGUUGCUGCAAAACGUACAAUCAACAAAACUUUGUGUCAA